ACAAAUCUGUCGCAAGAAACGAGGAGAAAAGAGCUGUAUGAUGAAAACACACGGAGAGCCUGAGUCUCACGUCAGGUAGUCCAAGUUUGCUUUGACAAACACUCUAGAAAGGUUCAGUUGAAAUUUCAUUUACGAUGAUAAUUUAUAUUGCUGUAAUUUUAAACAGCGCGUUUCAAUGAAACGCACUGUUCAGUCUUUUAACGAAAACAUUCAAAGAUUAAGUGUAUGUUUUUGAGUACAUAAAUCAUUUGUUAGAGGCGAUCAAUAGUACAUGGGCACAUGUUUUCUUGAAGCAAUCAAAUUUGACUUGUCCAAGUUUAAGAAAGCGGCAAAACUAGCGCAAUGAAUAUUUUCUUAGUGUUCAGUUAUUUUUUCUGCUUUUAGUUGUUGCCUCUUCGUAAGGAAAUAUUCCCUAACUUUGUUCAUUCCCAUAUUUCCUCUUAGGGAGUCUUUCAAUUGCCCACAUUUCCAGCGGAACACUUGUCUGAUUCACUUCGCAUGCUGCAGUGAGUGGUAUCCUUGCCACAAAUGCCACAAUGACGCCUUGAAAAAGCAAGAGAAUGACAAACCAAAAGUGGAUAAUUCAAAAUAUAAUUUCGGGGAGAGUGAUAUAGUAGAGGAAGGAGACGAUUUGGGAGAAGGCAGUUCAAAUGCCACUGGAAUUAGCUAUGAGCUCGAAGGUAUAAGUUUACUUAAAGACUGUAUAACAGUUUUGAACCUUACUCGUUUUUUUUCGGAUAACUUAUUUAAUAUCUCACUUCUUUUGUCGACUAUAGCUACUCCAUGUAGUGUUCCAUUUGAUGAUACCAAAAUGGAAUUAAGAGCUAAAACUUCAGAUGCACCCAAUGGCGAAAACCCCGAAACAGCCACCGACUACGAAUCCUUGCAAAAUGGGAACGACAGGGUUUUGUCAGGAAUGGCAGAAUAUUCAGUGAGCAGAGAAAACAAACAAACUCAACAAAACACCACUCCUUGGGGAGUAAAAGGAAAGGUAAAUUUGAAUAAUUGAAUGCCAUUUAAAGGAGCUAUUAAGUUACUUGGAACAACCUAUCUGCAUAAUUGGACGCGUAUAACUUAACACUUGGUUAUAUACUUCUGAAAUUAUGAAUAGAUUAACACAAUACAUGCUCAAGAUUGAUGUUGAAGGGCGUCUCCCCGAUUCUUUAUGGCUAGGGGCUAAAUCUGAACUGGAGUGGCAGUUUUUACGUAUGAGCAAGAAUGUGAAUGUAUCUUGCUUAUUUCACCGGUGUUUAUGGUAAAGUUUACUUUCAUGGUUAAUUGUUUCAAAAAUUCUCAAAUUUUUAUGGUGUUCUUUCCCUCCUCCCCACUUCUUAAUGUCCCCCGGCCCCCUCCCCGAAAAUAAAUGGCUAUAAUCUCUUUACCUUCAGAUAUCCUAGGCUGCACAUCCAAGCUUAAGAAAUCAAAAUGUCCCACCACUAGGAAUGAGUUUGACUAAUCAACACUUGGUCAGCACGGUUGUUAAAUUAGUUUACUGGUAAUGCUCUAAGUAUAAUCAUGUUCUUAUUUCUUACAUAACAUGAAGGGAAAUGCAGAGGGAACUUCGUUUAACAUAGAGGAAAACUUGUCACAACUCAAUGGAGAAACAAGCAUUUCCAGUGCGAUAUCUUCUGGCCAAGCAGCAGAAGGUGCCAGAGAACACGAAGGUUUAUAAAUAACCUUAAAUAGAGGUUGACUCCUUUCAUUCCCUCGUGACUCCUGUUUUCAAAUAAACUUAGAGCACAUUUUGAUAUAUUAUUGGGAAAAUUUGACCUCAGAUAGGUGAAAAAUUUCUAACUUUGGGGAUUGAAUAUUAUAAGUAUAUCCACAUUAGGUAUAUCUAUUAUAACAGAACUGUUGAGAUGUACUCUGAAUCUUCAGAUUAAGUGUACUUUCAACUCACAAAACAAAUGAACAAACAAGAAAGCCAAAAAAAAUUAUAAAUAACAAGGCAAAACAGACAAAACAAAUCAAGAAACUGAUACUAGUCUGAUACUGGAGUCAGUGAUACACUUGUUUUUAUAAGUUCACCGUGUACUCUAGUGUCAUGAUUUAUUGCACAGUACAGACUGCUCUGUCAUUGUAUAUUUGAUAUCUUAAGACAAUCAUAUAAUAAAAUACUUAGGUUUAAAAGAUGAAGCAUCGACUGGUGACAUAGAGGAGGAAAAUCUAAACACCACCAAUGGAUCAUCAAAUCAAUUGAAGAAUAAUGAAGAGAUGCGCGUCAGAAAAAGUAUGAUGCAAGGAAAUGAUGAAGAUAAUUUACAACUCUCAUCGGUCACUAUAAAGGAGCAUGUGCUAGUUACAUCACGAGACGGAGGUCGCCUAAAGUGUACAGCAUGUGACCACAUACAGUCAAAGGUGAUCUCUGUAAUCAAGCAAUUUAUCCCCUCUUGUUACGGCCCUUUUUUAUUUUUGUGAAAAUUAUCAGGCCAUCAACUUUACUAGAUUUUCACUUUGACACUGUAAAAUUAUUUGUUCUGGUUGUUUGCUUUAUCUAAGGUAUUGAUACCAACACAAUUUUUCUUACAGUUUUGUCAGAAGUGUGAAAAUGGGUCGUGCGGGAAAACAUUUUCCAGUUACUUCUGUCCAGAAUGUAAACUUUUGAUCGAAAGUAAUGGAAGUGCUAAACUAGACCCUUACCACUGUGGUCCGUGCGGGGUAUGCAGGUAAUUAAAUUUACCCAAUUCUCUUUUGAUAUUUAUUUCCAUCAAUCAGAUUUUCGUUUGUACGGAUACGUAUAGAAAUAUCCACCACCAUCGUAACAUUAUUGUACCCCUCUUCCUGUCUUCUAUGUUGUCUUCAUCCCUUCUCUGUCUUCUUUUCAUGUUGAAUGACUUGCUCUCCUCUUUUGUCCUUAUCUUCCUUUUACUUGCCUUUUUUAUAUUUUUUGUUGUGAGUCUUUUUGUCGUUGUUGCUUUUGGCACCAGUCCUUCUUGUUGGUCCUCGUUAGGUCUUCUUCACUCCUUCCUUCCUCUUCUCUUUCUUUUCCAACUAUCUUCACUAGAUUAUUUUUCACCAACAUCUUCAUCAUGGUUACAACCAUUGCUAACACCCUUUAUCACUAUCAUCUUCAUUAUCAUCAUCAUCUUCGCAGAUGUUGUCACGUCAUCUUUAGUCUCAUCUCCCUUUAACUGCUCUUCCAUUGCUAGCAUAAUCUUUUUCUAUGCUCAAUGACGCCUUGUCAUUUAACUUAUUGUUAAAGGACGAUGCAUCCCUUGAAUUAGUCACUAUCUCUGUUUCCAAUCUUUGAAGGUUAAACAAGGAAGAAAACUUCCAUUGCAACACGUGUAAUGUUUGUAUGCCACUGUCUCUGAAGGAUCAUAAGUGUUUUGACAAUAGAGGUCACGAUCCUUGUGCAAUAUGCUUGGAGGUAGGUGACAUUUCUUUUAAUACAAUCGCUUAUUUGCGAAAACUUGGAAUAUUGUUUAAGUGAUUGAUUGACCGUUUGGAUAAAUUUUUCUUAAAUUUCCACUUUGACUCCAAGGAUAACCUUAAACAAAAUUCAGGUAAUUGAAAGUCUAUUGCAUUCAGAGGGGCUAUCAUUUCAUAAAAACUAUUAUGAAUUCAUAUCCUCAACUAAUGAUCUGAAUGAUACACCCAUUUUGAUUGCUUCUUACUUGUAUGGUGUAUUGGAGUACAGGCGCAUAAAUGACAUCACCACCAACAACUUUUUGCUUCUUUAUGGCAUAAAAAAUAUAGAUUCUAUUUUACUGUGGGUCUUUUUAAUAAUAAAACAAAUGUUUUUAACAUAUUUUAACAUCAUCUGUGAUCUAUCCUGACUCAAUGCCAACUUUCUUGGUGUUUGUAUGUAUUGAAGUUCUUCUUCCUGUUCUCACGAAAAUUAUAAACUUGUCCCUAAAGUCAGGCAUGUUUGCAGAUAAUUGGAAAUCCACUGUUAAAAUUACCUGGGUUGGAUCUGGUUCUUAAGAAUUAUAAACCUGUCAUCAAUGUACAGUAUGUUUCUAAAUUAACCAAAAGAGCUAUCUUCAAUCAUGGUACAUGAACAUAUGGUAGUAAAUGGUACCCACCCCGUGUUCCAAUCUGCUUUCAAACAAGACCACAGCACGGAAACUGAUAUGCUGCUAACUUGCAAUGAACUCACAACAUAUUACAUUACUGGUAUUACUCGACCUAAGUGCAGCCUUUGACACUGUUAAUCACAAUGUACUACUGCAAGGACUUUAUGCUGAUAUGGGUAUCUGAGGAGAGGCCCCUCACAAUCCUUUAUCCAAUGGCGCCUUGUUACUGCAGCCGCCUUAAGAGAAGAUGUUUUCUGCGGUUGGUGCUAGAUCCCUUUAUGUCGUUUCACCAUCUUUGUGGAAUAGUUUGCCCGCUGAAUUGCGUGCUAUCCCAUUGUCGACAAUUUUUAAACGCAAUCUUAAGAUCUACCUUUCUGGUCAGGUUUUUCUUUAACCGUUUUAGACCAAAAAUUUUAUUUAUUAAGUUUUUAUGAAUAUAUUAUUUAAUCUGAUUUGUUUUAUUUUAAAUCUCAUCUGCAUUUUACAUGGUAUACUCAGAUUGUUGUGGAAUAGUUUCAUAGGUGAAUCGUUGUAAAGCGCUACUAAUCUUUUCUAUGUAAAUAGCGAAUAAUCAAAGUAUUAUUAUUAUUAGUAGUAGUAGUAGUAGUAUCAUCGAUGAACAAACGCACGGUAACUUAGAAUUUAUUCGUUAAAUGAAUAUAGAUAUAUUUAGAUUAGAUUCAGUUUGUAAAUCGUCUAACUAAAUCUAACAAGAAUAUUUGCCCACUCCGUUGUGGAUAUUUUUUAAUUUUAACUCGAGUUUUGUUUUGUUCCUCCCAGGAAGUUUUUUCAGGAGCAGUUAUUCUUCCUUGUUUUCAUAUGAUACAUGAGGAUUGUGGUGUAAAGCUUAUUCUCUCAGGAAGGUAGGAAAAGAUCGGGUUUUUUCCCAGGGCGAAACAAUCUACCGGCAUCAUGAUGUUAGUAAAUCUGUUUACUUUAAGAAAACAGCUGCCUGUUAAGUCAAUUGCGUUUAUAAUGAAUAGUAUCGAAACACACUUGGGUCUGUAUAAUAUGUUCCAUCUUACUAUCUCGACCGAUACUUGCGAAUUCAUUGUAUUGAUACCGCUACAAUACAUCUUAAUCAUCAGCAUUUUAUUUCGCAAAAGAAAGAAAAGUGGUAUAUAGGAUUGCUAUAUAGCAACCUUGUAGCAGACAAAUCCAUCAUAAACAAGAGAGCUAUAAUGCUCGAUAUAUUAUGCAUAAGAUUUUGAUGGGAAAAACUACAAACAAUCUGAGUUAAAUAACUUUUGUUUUCUCAUUUUCUGAGUUUAUUGAUUACUGAUCUGCAUGAAAAACGCGUAGUUGAAUGACUGUGAUAACUCAGACGAUCUGUUAAUCAUUACGCGCUCUGAUUUUUGUGAGCUCUCUUGACCCAAGAUAUAGAGCAAAACGGUUGGAUGACUGACGUGACAUGCUUUUCGAUUUCAGUUACACAUGCCCCAUGUGUCGUGGGGCCAUCAUGAAAAAUGAAGAAGAACCUGAGGCAAAUAUAGAACAAUCCGAAACAGGCGAUGACACUGCUUCCAGUGAAGGACUGAUUUCCAGAUUUAAAAGUGUAGUAUGCCUGAAUUUUUAUACGCUGUAUAAGAAAAUAGUUGGGCCCCCUCUUAGUAACAAUGUAAUUGAAAUGAACACCAUGUCGGCGUGAUUGUAAAUAAGCUCUUCGUGCUCCUCAUCUAGUUAACCAUUGCCAAACUAAAUGACUUGUCUAGUAGAGAGUCCAUUAAGAAUGAAAUCUC